AUUCAUCUCAAAUCUGUCUACCUGAUAAACUCCAUUUUCACAUCUUUUUUUUUCUUCCCUUUCCUCUCUCUUUCUCCCUAUUGCUUCCAUCCCAGAAAUCUCUCUCUCCCCCUCUCUCUCCCGGGGUCGUUGAGAGAGAGAUAUAAUCAUCACAUCAACCAAUGGCUGCUUCUCAAUCUGAUCCACAUCAACCACCCAAGAAAGAAUCCGGCCAAACCUCCUCCGAUGGCGACGACCCUUCUCUACCUGCAAAUUCUCCGGCUACGUCUUAUCCUCCGAUGGUGGGUUACCCUCCUCCUAUGGGCUAUCCACCGGCGCAAUCUGGUUAUCCUCCUUAUGGCCAGCCUGGUUAUCAAGGCUACAACAAUGGAUACAAUAAUAAUUACCCCUAUGCACAAGCACCGCCGGCUGCCUAUUACAACCAUGUAAUAUAUCAGCAACAACAAGAAAACCAAGUCUCCGGUUUCGUCCGCGCCGUCGUUGGCGGCUUAUUUUUAUUAGUUAUUCUUAUGUGCAUGUCUAGCAUCAUUGUCUGGCUAAUCUUGCGACCUGUAGUUCCCAUUUUCCGUAUAAAUACCUUCAGCGUCUCUAACUUCAGCACCGUCUCCAGCUUCUCAGCUAAGUGGGACGCUAACGUCACAGUCGAGAAUCCCAACACAAAACUCAAAGUAUAUUUUGAUCAGGUGGAGGCGUAUCUCUACUACGAGGACGAUAACCUUCUUGCAACGUCUUUUGCGAAUCCAUUUUUCUUGGAAACCAACAACAAGACUGUAAUGGAAACGACUUUAGUAUCGAAUAACUCAGAUCGCAGACAGGCCGGUGUAGGGAGCUGGGUGGUGGAGAAGAUGGUGGAGGAGAGGAAAAGUAACAAGGGGAAGCUGAGUUUUAAUCUGAGGUUUGCGCUUUGGACGACGUUCAAAUCAGGAACAUGGUGGGCAAGGCACGUUAAUAUGAGAGUUUAUUGUGAGAGUUUGGAGGUUGGCUUUGUGGGCAAUACGGGUAAUGGAAAAUAUACCAAUGAUGAUAUAACUAGUGAAUGCUUAGUUUUUGCUUAAUUAAUUAUUAGUUUUAAUUUUUAAUUAAUAUAUAACUAUAUAUUUGUGCACC